GCUGGCAACUGGACCAGUAAGCAGUUGCUCUGAUAUCAUAGAAAUUCGCCUUUGGUCCCACUUUGCUCUCUGGUGCACAGCCCAAAUAGUUGAACAUGACUUCAUUCACCCACAACACAUGUUCAAUGUAGUCACUACAUACAAACUUCACCGCAGUAAGACUGACGGACACCCUAGGCCACACACUUUUAGUAACGGAAGAAUUUCCCUUCUACAUUUUGAGCGUGCUGACAUUUGAAACGGUGAACUCAUCACAGGGUUUCUUUAAGUUUCUAGUUAUGAAAGUACACCAGUCCAUGUUUUAAAAAAACAGUAUGGAAAUUUUUUUGAGGAGUCAAAGGGAACUAGAAGCGCAAAAUAAAGAGCUGCGAAACACAUUGAUCUUCACUCUAGAAAAUGUGGACCCAGGCACCAACAAACCCUUCCUGAAUAAGAGUGGUUCCAAACAGGUUGACAAAGCACAAGAUUGCGGAAUUUUUGAUUAUAAACUGCAAAAGCAUUAUCCCAAACUGUAUUUAUUGAUUUGCACAAGCUAAGAGAGCAUCAUGCAUCAGGAGACACAUUUUUCAAACAAAGGAGGAGGGUCCUUUUAGCAAAUCCUGGGUAUGAAAAGUAGUACAAGCUUACUUCAAUUAAAAUGAUGAGAGGUGUAGAGGUUAUUCACCACACUAAUACUUUGAAUAAUAAAACGUUAAUGUAACUGUUGACUAACCGGGAGGGUUAGGUUAGGAAGUCGCAUCACUGACAAUCUCUCAGGUUUCACAGCGAGAGGUCCUCGAAUCUAAUAGACGUGCAUGUGAAAGAAACUGUUUGUGAACCAAAGGCGAUAAAACAACCCCAAAAAGAUUCUUAAAAACUCACCAACGGACAAUUUGCUGGUGAGAGUUUCAAAGUAACGCGAACGACUGCUUGCUGGUGCUGUGCUGCUAUAAACAUUGCAGCGCUCCCACUCACCGCGGAGCGCCUUCGAACUACAAGCGGUUGUGCUGCCCCCUGGCGACGGAACAGAAAUCUGUGUUGUGUUUUUGAAUGGGAUAUUAAGGUUUUGCUUUGAUUGAUUCAAAAUUUCUAUGCAACACUGGAACCAUUGGUAUGGACACGAAGACUUGGGAAUUCACAUGGAAGUCUUCCUCUGAGCAUAACACAUCAGAGAUUUCAGAGUCAGGAUGAAGAGGACAUACAUCUGUCACAUCACCCAAUUAAAACAAGCAUUUCUUGUAUUAGACAAUUUUAAGAAGCAACGAAUGAUGUUGCCUCACAGAGAGGGCGAGGAGACUGCUGCUUCGAAUUCUACCUCAACACCUAUUUUAAGUAUUUUGGAUCUUCCUCCAGAAGUUAUGUACAUGAUCUUUUCCUAUUGUGAUGCACCGCAUCUUGUAACAUCAGUCCAGUAUGUGUGUAAUUCUUGGCAUGAGUUGCUUCAGGCUGUGCAUGUGUGGAAAGGACGAAGACUUAUUUUCGGCAGAGAUAUGCCAUGCCAUGAAUUGAUGAGCUAUAUUCGUUGUGCCCCAAGUAUUGAUGCCAUCUCAUAUACAUACACCUCAUGCCACAGAUUUGUUCCCUGUUUAAUAACAAAUUGUUAUAAUCUAUCUUGGCUAAAGUUACAUGGGGAUUUUUUUGUACCCUAUAGUUUACUCAAAAAUCUUAUUAACUUGCAGCAUCUUGAUCUUGAUCUUAGAUGGAAAUUUGAACGAAAACAAGACCAUGACCCUGAUUUGACAGGAAUCUCAUCUGUUUCAUCACUUCAAACAUUAAUAGUAAGAAACUUCAAUUACCAUGAAAAAUUUGUAAUUGAAUGUAUAAAAAAUUGCCCUAAUUUAAGACAUAUUUUCAUGUCAAAGGUAGAAGCUAUUGAAUAUUAUGUAGACCCAGAAAAGGUUGAGGAGGGAAUCAAUUCAUCAUCAAAUCAACUUGAAACAGUAUAUGUUUUUGGUGCACAAAGUGUGGGGAGGGAACUACUAGAGUUAGUGGCAAAACCUGAUUACCGAGGAUUACGAAGUCUUGUUUUAAAACCCAAUGACUAUACAGAUUAUGAUUUUACAAACAUUCUGUUUCGUGACAAAUUUCCUGAAAUGGUGACUUUGGAUAUUGGAUAUUCCAAUUUGGUGACUGACAGUUCAAUGCCAUUAUUAGUUAAUUGUUGUCCCAAGCUUAAAAAUUUGUGUUUAUGUCGUUGCAAUAUAGGAGAUGCUGCCCUGAAACUGUUUCUUAAGAAGCUGCCUAGCUUAGAACGGCUGAACCUUCAUGGGACUCUUGUGUCCUCAGAAUUGCUCCACUUUUUCCCGUCAAGUUUUCCGAACUUGAAAGCGCUCAAUUUGUGUGCUUGCCGACUUGUUCAUCAAAUCAAUCUCCUGCCUCUGUUGGAUGCAUUACCUAGUAUAAUGAUUCUUGACCGUCGAGGUGACUUUCUUGGAGGAAAUAGAGACCGUAAAAUGAAUUGGCCUUUUCUUCCAGUGAGAAAUGCUCUUGCUUAAGUUACAUAUUUUCAUUUUUUUUGGACGUCUUAAGUAAAUUUAUGUUUAUGUUAAAUUGCUGUUAUUUAUUGAGUACUGUGAUUUAUACUGUGUUAUUGUUUGUAGUGAUAAUACAGAAAAGUUCAGAAAAGGUGUAAUUCUCUUUAGAAUUUAAGCAACCUGAGUUACAUUAACUAUUUUUAUUUUCCUUCAGGUAAAAAGCCCAGAUAACAUUUUAUACAUUCAUCACGUACAUCUAUUGCAUUUAAUAUUUCAACCCCCCCAGGAACACAUAUCAGUUUUAAAUUUCUUGUGAUAAAUGUCAGAGCUGAUUAAAACAAUUUAAAUCCCAA